ACCGCACCGCAUCCCCUCCUCUCUCUCUCUCUCGACAUCGCUUGCUCGCUCGCGCGCCGUCUCUGCCGCGAUCUCUCUCUCUCUCUCUCUCCUCCCAUCCCCUCCGCCUCUCCCCUCCUCUCUCUCUCUCUCUCUCCCCUCCCAUCCCGAAUCGCCGAAUUCUCUCUCCCCCCCGCGGCGGAUCGCCACCAGAGCCGUCGCCGAGCUCGCCCGUGUGCGCGGCUGCCGAAUCCCCCAAUUUCCCGACCGAAUCCUGCCGUAAUUGGGGGUCGAUUCGGCCGAAUUCGUGGGGGACUCCGGUUCGCUGUUUCAUCCUCCUCCGGGAGGAGGGAGGUUGUUUCGUCUGGGGUUUGAUUGGGAUUGAGGCGAAUUCGGGCGGUGCGCUUGGUCAUGGAGGAAGGCCCCGUGGAUCUAGGGUUUCGGAGCUAGGGUUACGGCCGGCGGCUGCGAAGUCGCCUGUGGCGGCGAUCUGGUGAUGGUGCAGCGGGGCGCCGGGAGUCGGCGAGGCGGGAUUGUUGGCGGGGAAGAUGCGGGGCUAUGCAUGGGCGACGCCAAGGCGGUGGUGAGGGGUGCGGCAACAGGCGGCUUCUCGUUCGGGGCAUGUGGCCAGCAACUCGUGUAGAGGCAGCUACACCACCGGCACAGGGACCAGCUUCUCCUCCUCCCCGCUUACCUGUUCCUCCACCCCUGACGACUCCUUGUCUGCCGGCACCCACGACUCCUCCAGCGGCGGCUCAUAACCAGGACUGGGUCGAUUCUCCAAGGCCCGUGUCACCCGACUCCUUUGUAAAGGACGGACGUGAGUUCAGAGUGGGUGAUUGCGCUCUUUUUCGGGCUGUCGAUGUACCCCCUUUCAUUGGAUUGAUACGCUGGAUUGAGAAACAGGAAGAAGGUUAUCCCAAGUUGCGUGUAAGUUGGCUUUACAGACCUGCCGACAUUAAGCUCAACAAGGGCUUACAACUCGACGCUGCUCCAAACGAGAUCUUCUAUUCUUUUCACCAGGACGAGACAUCGGCUGUCUCACUUCUCCAUCCUUGUAAAGUUGCCUUUUUGCGAAAAGGUGCAGAGCUGCCAGCUGGAACUUCUUCAUUCGUAUGUUGGCGCGUUUAUGAUAUUGACAACAAGUGUUUAUGGUGGCUUACUGAUCGUGAUUAUAUAAAUGAACGACAGGAAGAGGUAAAUCGGCUACUGCACAGAACAAGGCAAGAAAUGCAUACUGCCGUGCAGCAAGGUGGGCGCUCACCGAAGCGGCUAACUGGCCCAUCAGCUUCCCAGCAAUUAAAGGCUGGUUCAGAUGGGGCCCAAAAUUGCGGUUCAUCUAAAGGAAAGAAGAGGGAAAGAGGUGAACAAGGAAUUGAUCAAAUUAAGAGAGACCGUGAUCGCACCCUUAAGACUGAUGACACUGAGCCUGGAAACCUGAAAGGAGACAAUAUGAAGUCUGAAAUUGCAAAGAUUACAGAAAAAGGUGGACUUCCUCAUGCUGAAGCUGUGGAGAAGCUAGUUCAUCUCAUGCAACUUGAUCGAACUGAACGGAAGUUAGAUUUUGCUGGUCGAGUAAUGCUUGCAGAUGUUAUAACAGCUACAGAAAACCCUGAUUGCCUUGGCAGAUUUGUGCAACUAAGGGGCCUUCCUGUAUUUGAUGAUUGGCUUCAAGAGGCUCACAAAGGGAAGUCUGGUGAAGGUGGUAGUCCUAAAGAAACUGAUAAGCCUAUGGAAGAACUUCUCCUAGCGCUGCUUCGUGCAUUGGCGAAAUUACCUAUUAAUCUUAAUGCCUUACAAAGUUGCAGUAUAGGGAAAUCUGUUAACCAUCUGCGAAGCCAUAAAAAUCCAGAGAUACAGAAGAAGGCAAAGUGUCUUGUUGAAAAUUGGAAGAAGCGUGUUGAUGCUGAAAUGAAGUCAAAUGAUGCGAAACCAGUUGUAUCUGGCCAAGCUGUAUCCUGGCCAGGGAAACCUGGGUUUGCAGAAAUUUCUAGUGCUGGAAACAGACGAAGUGGCUCAAGUGAGCCUAAUCUGAAAAGCCCAGUGUCUCAGCUUUCUUCAUCGAAGGCCUUGACCGUCAAACCUGGAGCGUCUGAUACUACUGUGAAGUCGAGUCCCUUGAUAUCUGGUUCUUCAAAACUACAGCAUAUUCAACCAGGAAAUGCUGUAACCAACUUGAAGGAGCAACCCUGCAAAUCAUCUGGUGGGACUUGUAGCCCUGAGUUGCAUACGGUGAAAGAGGAGAAAAGCUGUAGUUCAAGUCAGUCUCUGAACAACAGCCAGUCAUGCUCUAGUGAACAUGCGAAAACAAUUGGUUCUUCAAAGGAGGAUGCCCGUAGUUCAACUGCAGCUUCUGGCAUUGCUGGUAGAACAUCUGGUAGUUCCUCACGUGUCCAUCGAAGAACAAACAAUGGGAUUCUUAGUUCAGGAGGCCAAAAGGAAGCUACUGUGGCAAGGUCUACCUCACUUGACCGCUCUCUGUUACCGGAAAAAGCAUCACAAUCUGUCACAGCAUGCGAGAAAGGAACUGACACACCAUCAGAUCAGGGUAAUGGGCAUAGAUUAAUUGUCCGGUUUCCAAAUCCUGUCCGUAGCCCUGCUAGAAGUGCAAGUGGGGGUUCUUUUGAGGAUCCAUCAUUUACUGGGAGUAGAGCUUCGUCUCCUGUGCUUGCAGAUAAGCAUGAACAGAGUGAUCGCAGAGUAAAAAUGAAAACUGAGAAUUCAAAUCCUCAUUUAGGCAAUGAUACAAAUGCUGAAUCUUGGCAUAGCAAUGAUGUUAAAGGAGCUUCAGUUUCUGAGGAAGGUGAUAAAUCACCUUAUGCUAUGCUGACCGAUGAUCGCAGUAGGACAACUGAAGAAGCUGGCAAAGAUGCAUGUGCUUCCCGAGUUGUUUGCUCAGAUGCUAAUGAAAAGGCGGCUUGCUCAAGUGAAAAUGGGGGGAGAAAUUCGUUCAACCCUAUGAAUGCUUUGAUUGAAAUCAAGUACUCUGAAGCUAGUCAUUCCUUGCAAGCUGGAGAUGAUACAGCAAUGAAUCUUCUUGCCAGUGUUGCUGGAGAAAUAUCUAAAUCUGAGUUGAUUUCUUCAUCUGCUUCACCUAGAAAUUCACCAGGAAAUGAAGAGGGCUGUGAAGGAGAUAACAUUGGGAAGCUAAAAGUACAAAGUGAUAUGGGCUUGUCACGGCAUGCAGGGCCAACAAAUGAUGCUGAGAAAAUCAUCUCUGAUAAGGGUGAGAAAAUUGGUGCAGGUUUGGUCGCAAAGGAGGAACAACACCUAGGGGAUGCAAAGGACAAUAAGGUCACAUCUUCUGGGCUACCCUCUCCACCUGGAAUAGAUGUUAAGGCUGUUGAAUCUCCUGCUAAGACUGAAAAUCAUGAAGUGAGGACUACAGAUAAAGGUGGUGAUGGUGACAAGUCGGUCACAAAACAGCCAGUUGAUAUCAAGAUUGACGCAAAAUUGAAUAUAUAUCCAUCUACUACAAGUGAAUUACGUGGUGGAGAUAAACAAUCUCAUGGUUUGUUAAAGUCAACAGAUCAGAAGAAUCGCCAGUGUCUACCAGAUAAUUCAGAAGCCAUUGACCGAUCUGGUGACAGUGCUGCUGUUAAAUUGGAUGUGGAGCCUUCAUUUUCAUCUUCGACCGUGGAGGUGAAUAAGGCUGAUGGUUUGCUGGUUGGUAACGCAGUGCUGAGAGAGGAUGAAAAGAAGGAACAACCUUCUUCCACUUCAGCUGAUGCUACAAAACUAGCUGUACCAGCAGGUGUACCAUUUGGUCCAGAAAAUGGGAUUAGUUCUAAAGAAUUAAAAGACAAUUCCAGUGAAUCAAGUAGUCAUGCAAGACCUGGAACUACUGUCUCACAGGAUACUGAACGUAGUGCAAGGCGCAGCUCAAAGAAGUCGAGUGAUGAUGCAAGUGGGAACGAGGACCUUGUCUCAUCAGAUGAUGGUUCUUCUUUUGCUGCCAAGAUCAGGCCAAGUGCUACAGCCAAGCUUGAUUUUGACUUGAAUGAAGGAAUACCUGGAGACGACGUGCAUCAGUCUGAGGCAGAAACCUCUCCUGCUGUGUGUUCUUCUGCAAUUAAUUUACCUUGUCUUUCUCCAUUUAUAUCACCUAUGUCAAGUGGGCUACCUGCUCCGAUAAAAGUAGCUGCUACAGCUAAAGGUCCCUUUGUUCCUCCUGAGAACCUACUAAGAUUUCAGCCUGAGACUGGCUGGAAAGGUUCAGCAGCCACAAGUGCAUUUCGUCCUGCAGAACCAAGGAAAAUUUUUGAGAUGACUCUCAGCGCACCUGGCAUUCCAGUUUCUGAUGCUGCAGAUAAACACCGCCCAGCACUUGACAUUGACUUAAAUGUAGCAGAUGAGCAAUUUCUUGAGGAAGAUAUCUCUCAGAGUUCUGUUCAGACAACUGGUUCGGAAUCUGGCAACACUAGAAGAAGCAAUGGUCCUGUACGAAGUGUUGGUAUUGAACUUGAUUUGAACAGAGCUGAUGAAGUUGCAGAGAACCAUUUUGUGUCGAACACUCCCCACAGGGUCGAAGUCCCAUUGUUAUCGUCAAGACCGUUACCUGCAAUUUUCUCUAGUGCUGAUACAAAUGGCUCAAGGGAUUUUGAUCUCAAUAAUGGACCAACUCUAGAUGAAACUGGCACGGAACAUGCAGCAAGGAGUCUAUCAUCUAAAAAUACCAGCAGUAUACCAUUCAUACCUCAAGUUGCUGGCGGUAGAAUGAACAGUGCCGAGAUGAGUAAUAUCUCUCCAUGGUUUGCUUCUGCACACCCUUAUGCUCCUGUAGCUGCACAGCCAUUUUUACCAUCUAGAGGAGAACAGCCUCACCCAGUUGAGACAGCUGCUGGAAGUGGAACCCAGAGGAUCAUUACAUCCUUGGCAGAUGGUGUCCAGCGUGGAAGUGAUCCCUGCCGUGCUCCAGUUAUUUCUACUUCACCAACCAUGGUUUUUCAUCCUCCUGCGUAUCAAUAUGCAGGAUUCCCUUUUACUCCUGGUGUGCACCUUCAAGCACCGGGGUUUUCAAUUGGCUCGACAUCUUAUGCCAAUUCAGCACCUGCAGGAGUUCCAUAUUUUCCUAGCAUUGCUCCAACACUGUUAGGGCCAGCAGGUGCAUUACCUGCUCAACAUACUAGGCAAUAUGCAAUAAACCUUCCUGAAGGAAGCAGCACUGUUGGACACGACAGUAAUCGGAAAUGGGGAAGGCAGGGCCUUGAUCUUAAUUCUGGCCCUGGAAGUGUAGAUGCAGAAAUAAAGGACGAACGAGUAUCUUUACCAGUUAGACAAAAUUUAAUCACGCCACCACAUGCCUUUGGGGAAGAGCAUACAAGAAUGUACCAAAUGCCAAGUGUUGGAAUAAAGAGGAAGGAACCAGAAGGCAGUUGGGAUGCAGAACGUUCUUCAUACAAGCAAUUAUCAUGGCAAUGAGCUUUUAACUGUUAUCAUUUCUCAUUUCACAGUGACUUCAGCUUCCAGUGAGCUUGUAUGUACUUGUAUUCCGUCUCCAACAACCUGCUUGUUUCUCACUUGCAGCUCCUUUUCUUUUGAAAUUAAGGUACGGUGCUUUUAUUUGCAGAGGCAACUGCAUGUGGAACUUGGGCUCUGGUGUGUUGCACCCUUGCUGGAAUAUACAGUUCAUACAUGACCCUGUGAUGAUGUGAAUUGUGAGAGGAAUGAUACUUUGCUGUAAAUGUUCAUCAUAUUUCAUACUUUCCUGGAAACAUUUUUCCUUGGCUUCAGCAGUUGCACUGCUAGAUUUUCGUAGCUGUCAGGCAUAUGCUUCUAAUUUGCUCCGAUAUGACUGGAGAUGGAAUGGUAUAGCCGUAUAGGUCCUGAGCCACAACAAACAUCUGAAGCCGUUGUAAUUAGUCCAGCUUGUUUGUUUAAAGUUUCUUAUGACAAACCAUUUUCACAUUGUUGGGCAAAUCUGCAGCCUUACAUAUGAUUUUAGAUGUGACAUGUAUUUUUCGUGUAACCGUUGCAUCAGUUUGCUCAUGUAACUUUAUGGACUAUCCAGUAGACUGUCUGCAGUUCCCGAAUGCUUGCAAGGGGCAUUCUGGUGUAACCAUCUCUGCCUUGCAGUCAUAAGAAAUUUAGUAGACCAAGAAAUAAUCUAUUUCUGUAUCUUUCGUUAUUAA